AUCCAUCAACAACAGAGGAGAAAAUGGCAUCUGGGAAGAUGUGCAUGAAGAAGAGCAAGGAGGGAACUGCUGAGUGGACAGGGUUGUUUCUGAAUGACUUGAAAACCGAAAACGAGUCCCUUGUGUUCGUGAAGAGGAUGAUGGCUGUGGCCGUGUCCUCCAUCACCUACCUCAGGGGGAUUUUCCCUGAAGAUGCCUACAGAUCCAGAUACCUGGAAGAUUUGUGUAUCAAAGUUCUGCGUGAAGACCGAAACACUCCUGGUGCCAGCAAAGUUGUGAAAUGGAUCAUGGGAUCCUUUGAUGCAUUGGAGAAGCAGUAUCUUCAGAUUGUAUUCAUUGGGGUGUACACCAAUCCAGAUGAACCAAAUUGCAUUGUUGAGUCAUACCAGUUCAAAUUCAAAUACACCAAAAAGGGGCCAGAGAUGGACAUACUCAGGAACAACGAUGUGGAGGUGCAGGUGACUCUGGAGGACACCAAGAGAGCCUCAGUGCUGCUCAUCAGGAAGCUCUUCCUGCUCAUGCAGAACCUUGAGGCUCUCCCCAACAACAUCUACCUCACCAUGAAGCUCUACUACUAUGACGACAUCACCCCAGCAGAUUACCAGCCACCGGGCUUCAAAGAGGGUGAAUGCGACAGCCUGUGGUUUGAAGGCAUGGCCAUGCACUUCAAGGUGGGUGAGGUGCAAACGGCCUUCCACACCUUGAGAGUCCGAGUGUCAGCGGAAAAAGGCCGACUGGAGAAGCUGCAAGAGGGGAACCACCUGAGGGAGAUCAAGCGGACUCCUCUCACAAAUCCUCCAGAGAGGGAAACCAUCAAGGAUCCUUGUCAGAAAAAGUAUGAGGAAAAGGACCUGCCUUCUGAAGACGAGUCUGCACAGUUCAAGAAACCUAAAAGACCUCUGGCAAAGAGAAAAAAAGCAUCAAAGAAUCUGUCAAGGAAGAAGAGGAGGAAUUAGCUACGCGGCGAAAAACAAAUGUAACACAAUGUAAAGACAAACAUUUGAUUGCAUUGUUAAACACUGUUUGGGGUUAUGUUCAAACCAUCUUCAUAUGAAAAUAUGUUUCUUAUAUAAUUUCUUCUAUUGUUAAGACAAGCUGGUACUUUCACAGUUCUUAUGGAAACAACACUGUAUAGAAAUGUGCAUAUUGUAAACAAUGUGUAAGAAUUAAAAUAUAUUUAAUGUUCAAAGUGCUUCAUUGUUUUAGUAUUUUGUGAAUACAUUGAUUUGUUUUGUUAAGGAUGUAAAGCUUGAUUUGUAAACAUUUGUUUGUAGUACAACUCAACAAAAAACUUGACUCUGUACAUGUAUGACAUGUCAAACAAUAAACAUAAAUGAAAAGUAGAAAUUAUAA